AUGGCCACCACCACCACCACCACCGAUAACGACGAAGAGAUUAGCAGCAAGCUUCUAAAGAGCCUGAGUACAACCAAAUAUGCCUGCUCUUCCUUGGAGCGCCUGGGCGGCUACUCCGCAUUCGUGUACCGCGGGAUCCUCCUUCGCCCGCUUACCAAUGGGGCCGGCACAAUCAUCAUCAAGCACACUGCCAGCUACGCAGCAAGGCUAGAGCUUCAGCUCCCCGAAGAUAGAGUCCAGGCCCGGGAGAAUGAAGUCCUGCUUCUGUUGGCCCGGAACCCCAAUGCAGUUCCCGCGGUGACCGUCAAAAGCCUCACGGCGAGAACCACCGACAUCUACGACUUUCUGCCUCAGGAAAAGGCAGUCCUGAUGGAGGACAUCCCCGGAUGCAUCACGCUACGCCAGUUCCUCACCACCUUCUCCUGGCGCCAUCUCCUAGCGCCUGCCGGGUCCGCCCUCGGGUUCAGCCUCGGCGCGUGGCUGGGCAAUUUCCACUCCAGCACACACACCCUGGACCGCGCAGAUCUGCCCCAGAUCGUGAACGGAAGAGACAGCGCCCGCCGGUUCUUGCUGGGGUUCAACACAAAGAACCUGCAGCAGAACCUCGAAGCAUAUCCGGGCGUCUUGCGGACCGACGAGGCGCGCGUGAGGGCCGCGGUCGCGGCGGAGCUGCAAAGGGACCACGGACGCGAUCUCGGCAUCACGCACGGGGACUUCCAUAUGAUGAAUGUGCUGCUCUCGUUCGGUCUCCUGUCCUCGACGAUCGUCCCCAUCGACUGGGAAUCCUGUCAUUUCGGCUGCCAGACGCUGGACUUCGCUCGCAUCAUCACCAACCUCUACGUCGUCGACCGCGCUGGGGGGAUCAAUGCGCCCCGAAGCAUUCUGCGGGGGUUUAUCGAUGGAUACCACGAGACCCGGCAUCUGGAUGACGAGCUCGUCUGGCGCACGGUGGUGGGUGUCGGGCUGUUGGUCCUCUGUACUCCGUACAGGAUCACUCUGCCAGGUCGGGAUGUACGUGGCAUUUUGCAAGAGGGCGAGGAUCUUCUCAUAAAGGGCUUGGCCGAGGACCGGGAGUGGGUGAAAACGAGUGUGCUGGCCGGGUUGUUGGACAAAAUCUGAAACCUAACCCCCUUCCUAUGACGAUGGUCGAUCCUUCGCAUCAGCGGCAAAUAUGUGUGCAGGUUAUUGAUCCUACGGAGGGAGAAGGACCUCGUGGGUUACAGUUUAGCGCCUCAGCCGGUAAAGCUGGGGGGGGACCCCCUCACAUAUCAUGAUGCUUGCAGGAAG